AUGCAAACCAAACAUUUCUUCUCCGAUCCGAACCACCUGGUUCUGACGGCACUGAAUUCACUCACCUUGACAAAUCCGUCACUGGCUUUUGAUGCUCAAAAUAAGAUCAUUUUCCGCCGGCCCGAUGCUGCACGAAGGCCCGGCAAAGUCUCAAUCAUUACUGGAGGUGGAUCAGGGCAUGAGCCGGCCUUUGCAGGUUUCGUGGGCAAGGGCUUCUGUGAUGCAUCGGUUGCGGGAUCGAUCUUUGCCUCACCCUCGGCCGAACAGAUUCGCCGCGCUGCAAUUGAUCGUGUACCCACGGAUGCGGGCGUCUUGAUCCUGCCCAACAACUACACUGGUGAUGUCUUGAAUUUUGGUAUGGCGGCUGAGAAAUGCCGCGCGGCGGGAAUCCGAACCGAGUUCUUCCCAAUCAACGAUGAUGUGGGCGUAGGCCGCACCAAAGGAGGCAAGGUUGGCCGACGGGGUAUCGGGGGUGGUAUAUUGAUCUUGAAGAUCACGGGGGCUUUGGCAGAGGCUGGGGGAUCUCUUGAAGAGGUCUAUAAGCUCGCCCAAUUUGCCAACGAGAACAUUGUCUCCAUCGGCUCCUCCCUUGAGCAUGUCCACGUUCCUGGUCGGGGGAUGCCCGAAGAUUUUAUUCCAAAUGGCGAAGUGGAGAUCGGGAUGGGCAUUCACAACGAGCCCGGCUCCCAUCGCAUGAAGGCCGACUUGGUGGAAACUGUCUCCAUCAUGCUGCGGCAACUAUUGGACCAACACGACUCCGAGCGCGCAUAUCUCAAGUACGGCUUGGGGGAUGACUUUGUCCUGCUGAUCAACAAUCUGGGCGGCGUCAGUCCUAUCGAGCUGGCAGGUAUCACUGACGAGGUGCAUCGUCAGCUCGUACGGGAUCACAAGAUCAAGCCUGUGCGGGUCAUUUCAGGCACCUUCUUGACGAGUCUCAACGGCAUGGGGUUCAGUAUCUCAUUGCUCAGACUGGCAGACAAUGGACUCGGCGAUGGCAAGUCGAUGCUGGAGCUGAUUGAUGCCCCGGCCGAGGCUGUGGGCUGGUCAGCGCCCAUUUCUACAGCUACGUGGAAUGACCGCGUCGAUACGCCCGUGGAGCUCAAGGCUACCAACAUCGUCGAAGAGACACCAAGUAACCUGCAAUUGGAUCCAGCCAUCAUCAAGACAGUUCUCGGUGCGGGUUUGAAACGGGUCAUUGCCGCCGAGCCAGAAGUAACACGAUACGACACAAUCGUGGGCGAUGGUGACUGCGGCAUAGGUCUCAAGCGCGGCGCCGAAGCCAUUCAGAAACUCCUCGACCAAGCGUCCCCCGCCCUGACCGACAAUAUCGUUCCGACGGUCCUCCGCAUCACCGAAGUGGUCGAAAAUGUCAUGGACGGCACAUCUGGCGCCAUCUAUGCAAUCUUCCUCAACGCUCUCGUCCACGGACUUCGCGCCCAAGAUACAGGAUCCCCGCUUCAAACAACACCAGAAAUCUGGGCCAAGGCACUGAAGCACUCGGUCACCGCCUUGAGCCAGUACACGCCCGCGAAGCCAGGCGACCGUACACUGAUGGAUGCGCUAGUUCCUUUCUGCGAGACUCUGUAUGAGACACAGGACAUGCGGGCGGCGGCGGCUGCUGCACAAAGGGGCACCGAGUCUACUAAGAGUAUGAAGGCGAGUCUGGGUCGUUCUGUCUAUGUGGGUAGUGAGACCGAGUGGAUAGGCAAGGUGCCUGAUCCAGGAGCGUAUGGACUAAGUGAAUUUUUGACUGGACUAUCCGAGGCAUUCUGA